AUGAUACGCACAAGUUGGAAUCUCACGCUUCUGGAGAGCAUGAACGAAAUCGACGACGGUAGUAAGGGGAGCACGGAGUCCUCGUGGCCGUUCCACACGCGCCCCAGUUGGUACUCGACGAACCAGCCCUUCGUGACGCGGCCCCGCCCCUCGUCCGGGGUCCGCCCCAAGCCGUCGCGGCCGCACCAAUCGACGGCCUCGAGCAGCGCGGCCACACCCACGAGCACCGCCUCCUCGCCCGCCUCCAGCUACUCCUCGCCCGCGUCGCCCUUCGCGGCCACGUCAACGAUGACGUCACCCAUCUCCAGCUCCACGACGCAGGUGCCCAACGUCGUCGUCUUCUCCUCGCUGCCCCUCGUCGUCAGCUCCAGCUCCGGGGACAAGAAGAAGCCGCAGAACGGAUACCCUAGCUCCACCUCUUCUGGACCGGUUUCUGCCAUCGGACACACAGGCACAA